GAUGGACGUCUGAUCUGAUCCGAAAGCGCGAGGAGUUUCAUUUUGGGGAUUUUCCAAACCUAACACCGCAUUCUGUCCUCCUUCUGCUCUCUUUUUCUUUAAAAACUGAUUUUCUUCAUAAAUCGUGUUUACUGGGACUGGAUAGACCUCAUGGAUACCGGCGCGAGCCAAACGCCUCACUUGCCUGUUGCAGCUUCCAGCACCGAGUGAGACUCGCAUUGAAGGCAGAAGCGUUUUGCUCUUUCCCUUUUUUCCCCCACUCUCUCUCUCUCUUUCUUUUUUUUGUUGGUCCCCCCUUCUUUCUCUCCUUCGCUCCCACUGUUCUACUGUUCUACUCUCCCGGCGAGAAGAAGAAGGGGAGAAGAAAAAAAAAAAAACAAGAAGAAGAAGAGAGGGGAGAGAAAAGCUUCACAUCAUCUUACCCCAGCCGGGGUGGUCUCUCUUUCUGGGGGGAUUUUUUUUUGGCGAAUUAUUUUUUUGACAUAAACUGCCCAUCCAUGCCAGCGUUGUGAAAGCAAGCGAGCAAGCCCCCGGCUGUCGAAGCGUAGCGGAGCUGCUGGCCGUGUCGUGGCCGAGCACACACUCUACACACGCGGGGAGAGAAGCGGGCAGCGGCGGGGCAGCAUGCCGAGGAGGAAGCAGCAAGCGCCCAGGCGCUCCGCAGCAUAUGUUCCUGAGGAGCUAAAAGAGGCUGCCUUAAUGGAUGAGGAUGUGGAGGGAGAUGAUUCAGCGAUUGAGGAGGAGCCUGCCAUUAAGUACAUGUGCCAGGACAAGGACUUCCUCGUCAAAGAACGGACAGGCUUCCACGACUCUCCAGCUGCAGACCUCUCCAGCCAUGAGAUGGACAGUGAGUCACACCUCAGUGAGUCCAGUGACCGCAUGUCAGAUUUCGAGAGUGCCUCGGUGAAGAACGAGGAGGAUGGCACUGCCAAGGAGCCACUUACAUCACUCUCUUCAAAUGCAUCUAUGAGGAUGACAACCUCAGCCCCUCCCAGCAGUGAGGAAGCCACUGCCACAGGCCCUGACAGUCUGGAGCAGAUGAAGGCUAUUUACACCAGCUUCCUGACCAAUUCCUACUGGUCAUCCCUGAACUUGAAUAUGACACAGCCUCCACCUGAAAAACCCCCUCGCAGCCACAGCAGUAGCAGCAGCAGUAGCAGCAGCAGUAGCUGCGGUAGUGGGGGCUAUGACUGGCACCAGUCAGCUGUAGCCAAGACCUUGCAGCAAGUCACGCAGAACCAGAACAGAAUACUGCACCCAACAUCUGAGCCAAACCUCUUCAGCACUGUGCAGCUGUACCGGCAAAGCACCAAGCUCUAUGGCUCCAUCUUUACUGGUGCUAGCAAGUUUCGAUGCAAAGACUGCAGUGCUGCCUAUGACACCCUGGUUGAGCUCACUGUGCACAUGAAUGAAACAGGCCACUACCGAGAUGAUAACCAUGAGACAGACAGUGAGGGCACUAAGCGCUGGUCCAAGCCCCGCAAGCGCUCCCUACUGGAGAUGGAAGGUAAGGAGGAUGCCCAGAAAGUCCUCAAAUGCAUGUACUGUGGCCAUUCCUUCGAGUCACUACAAGAUCUCAGUGUCCAUAUGAUCAAGACAAAACACUACCAGAAAGUGCCUCUCAAGGAGCCUGUGACACCUGUGGCAGCCAAGAUCAUCUCUUCAGCACGCAAAAGAGCCCCUAUUGAGCUGGAACUGCCCAGUUCACCAGACUCCAAUGGAGGCACUCCCAAACCCUCUCUCUCAGAUUCCAGUGACCUGCUGCAGAAGACAGCAAAUCCGUACAUCACUCCCAAUAAUCGUUAUGGGCAUCAGAAUGGCGCUAGCUAUGCAUGGCAGUUUGAAUCUCGGAAAUCCCAGAUCUUGAAGUGCAUGGAGUGUGGGAGUUCACAUGAUACCCUUCAGGAGUUAACAGCUCACAUGAUGGUGACAGGCCACUUCAUCAAGGUCACCAACUCUGCCAUCAAGAAAGGCAAGCCCAUUAUGGAGUCACCCACUACCCCAGCUGCUAACACAGUGCCCUCCUCUGAGGAUAAGGUUCAAUCUGUACCACUGGCUGCCACAGCUUUUUCCCCACCUCCACCUGCACCCCCUCCACCUAGUAUAUCUCCUGCCAUCAGUGCUAUGGAAAUUAAAAAAGAGGAAAAAGAAGAAGAGUGCACCAAGGAAACCCCUAUCAGUGCCAAAGACAGGAAAGCGACAGAUGAUGAGCCUGAGGAGAAGUUUGACAUUUCCUCCAAGUAUCCAUAUUUGACUGAAGAAGAUCUGGAAGAAAGUCCUAAAGGUGGGUUUGACAUCCUGAAGUCACUGGAAAACACAGUCACAUCUGCCAUCAACAAAGCACAGAAUGGCACACCCAGCUGGGGAGGCUACCCUAGCAUCCAUGCUGCCUAUCAGCUUCCAAACAUCAUGAAACUUUCCUUGCGCAACUCAGGAAAGAGCUCCCCUCUAAAGUACAUGUUUUCUGGAGAAGAGAUUCUGUCGCCCACCAAAAGCCAACCUCUUAUCUCCCCUCCAAGCUGCCAGACCUCUCCUCUACCCAAAAAUAACUUCCAUGCCAUGGAAGAACUUGUCAAAAAAGUUACGGAAAAGGUGGCCAAAGUGGAGGAGAAGAUGAGGGAACCUGGUGCAAGAACUUCCCCUCUGAGAAGAACCACACCUUCUCCUUGCAGUAGUGAAGCUGGGGACUCUGCCAGAGGGGAGUCCCCCAAAGAGAGGAGGGGAGCCAAAACACCAGAGAGCAAUGGAUCAGCAAAUGCUCACAAGGACUCCAAUGGUGAGGCCCUCACAAAAGAGUCUUUAGAGAAUGGCACUGACCAUGCUGUGAAAACUCCUGUCUCUUCGCUGUGCAGCAGCACUGCAAUUAUAACUGACCAUCCUCCAGAACAGCCAUUUGUCAACCCCUUAAGUGCACUUCAGUCUGUCAUGAAUGUUCACCUUGGUAAAGCUGCUAAACCUGCCCUGCCAUCUCUAGACCCCAUGAGCAUGCUCUUCAAAAUGAGCAACAGUUUGGGAGAGAAGGCAGCUGUAGCUGCCUCCACUCCUGCUCAGACCAAAAAGACAAACGAGCAUCUCGACCGCUAUUUCUACCACAUCAACAAUGACCAGCCCAUUGACCUGACCAAAGGGAAGAGCGAAAAGAGCAGCUCCAUGGGAUCAUCUGUAUUGUCCACCUCUACAUCAACUCCAUCUUCAGUGUCACCCUCCUCGACCAUUACCAUGGCCAAGGCAUCCUCAGCUGUGGCUUCAUUCAUGUCUAAUUCACCUCUGCGUGAAAAUGCCCUGUCUGACAUCUCUGAUAUGCUUCGGAACCUGACAGAAAGCCAUGUCUCCAAAUCUUCCACACCAACCAGUCUGUCUGAGCGGUCAGAUAUAGAUGGUGCUACACAUGAAGAGUCUGAGGACAUGUCACCAGCCCAGAAGCGCAAGGGCCGGCAGUCCAACUGGAACCCUCAGCAUCUGCUUAUCCUGCAAGCACAGUUUGCCUCCAGCUUGCGGCAAACAGGUGAUGGCAAGUACAUUAUGUCUGACCUCAGCCCACAGGAACGCAUGCACAUCUCUCGCUUCACUGGCCUCUCGAUGACCACCAUCAGCCACUGGUUGGCUAACGUCAAGUACCAGUUGAGGCGGACAGGUGGUACCAAGUUUCUGAAGAACCUUGAUUCUGGCCACCCUGUGUUCUUCUGUAGUGACUGUGCUUCACAGAUACGUUCUCCCUCCACUUACGUCAGCCAUCUUGAAUCCCACCUGGGCUUCCGGAUUAGAGACUUGGCUAAGUUGUCUGGGGAGCAGUUGGUUAGCCAAAUCUCACGCCACACUAAGGAACUUUCUGAGAAACUGCUUUCGGCCCAAGCUCAUGCUAUGGCCCACUCACUCCCUAACCCUAACACCAACCCUAGCCCCCAUUCCCAUUCCUCCUCCCCUACGCCAGACGAAGAGGCCAAUGGCACUACGUAUCAGUGUAAACUGUGCAACCGGACUUUCGCUAGCAAGCAUGCUGUCAAACUUCAUCUGAGCAAGACUCAUGGCAAAUCCCCAGAGGACCACCUUAUGUAUGUCUGUGAACUUGAGAAACCUUAGCGGUGGUCAAGGACACUACUCUGUCUCCCAGUUCUGUUACUCUUGCUUUCUCUCUGAAGCCUUCGAACUAACAUUUCUUAAAAGCAAGAUGAACUGACAAUGACUAACAAAGAACUGCACAUAGAUGCCACAAAACUACUGUUUAGUUUCGGCACAUGAUGUGUGGGUUUUCCACCUGGAAUAACUCAUUCUGGUCCAGAGACAUUCUCUUUACUCAUUUUAGGUAAAAAUGAAAACUGAAAAGAAAAAAAAAAAAAAAACAUCAAAAAAAAAAAAAAAAAAAAGAAUUUUCUAACUGUGCAGUGUUGAGUGAAGAGGUGCUGUUGUCACUGGUAAAAUAUGAAGGUAUAUAAGAAAAAGUUAAAAUGAAGUUGUAUGUAUUUGAAAGUUGUGUAAAUUGGAUUCACCUUUUUUUUCCUUUUCUUGGCAUCCCUGAGAUGCAGUAAGCUGCAUGCAUUGAUGAAACGGUUUAGUUCAAACUUUUGGUAACUGAAUCUCUCUUUCCUUCUUUCUUUUUGUCAACGUGACCUACGUGUGCUGGUGUCAGCAGACAAAAUUUAACCCUCUGAGUACGCCCAAGCACUUGUACAUUAACCACCCAGAAUAUAGAAAAUAACGAGAGAAAUCAGUGAUCGGGAAUGCCCAAGUUCAAGCAGAUUUGAGAGGCCACAUUAUUGUGUAUUUUGGUAACUCAUGAAAAACAAACAAACAAACAAAAUAAUAGCUUACCAUGCCUGAUGUUCAAGCUGAGUGGCUUCUGAUGCAAAACGUGUGUGAAUCCAAACGGCAGUCUUUCCGUUUUCUGAAAUCAGGGGCCUUUAUGAAUUCAGGUCGGUGUAAAAAUAUGUACAUAAAAAAAAAAAACAUAUAAACUAAUUUCUGUCUAAAUUAUGCAUCAUUUUAUAUUUUUAAUUUAAGAGAAGUAUGACUAUCUACUGGUGCACAAUAUAUGAAGACAUUAAUGAAAUUGUUUUGCACAAUAGUUUUAUAAAUGUUAUUUAAUCAGAUGAUAUGAAAAUGAGAGAAGAAAAAAAAGUAACAUCCUAAACUUUUAUUUCCACCUCGUGCUCAAAGGGUUAAACUUCUUGUACAAGACAAUACUUGUUCCAUCAUUUCUUGAACAUUUAAAAGGUUGUACAAAAGAUGCUACUUUAUAACGCAAGGAGGAACUCCUCAAUGUAACCUAUUAUUUAUAAGCACUCUUGGUUGUUGUUUCAUAUUGUAGAAUGCCUUUUUGAUUGGUAACUUUUAUGUUGUUCUGUCUAAUUACUCUCCCAUGAUUCCGCACUGCAGCUUUAUCAUUUUUUGGCGGGGAUAUGAAAGGUAACCAUGGUUACCUUGCUUCCGAUUGACAGUUCUGCUACAUUUUUGGCAGUUAAUUUACUGAAAUAACUGACAGCUGCCAGUGAAUGGAAAUCUAAUGUGUAAAAUAUUGGCAUGUAAACAGCACAGGCACUGUUAUGCAUUCUGUGCCGUGAUUCUCUUUUUUUGUUGUUGUUGACAAUGAAGCACCCAUUAUAUGACUUCAUAUAACCUUUUUUUCUACUGCAGCAUUAAAAUGAAAAUGUUUUGGGUUUUUUUGCAAUAA